GACCAUAAAAUAACUUUGCCCUAUCCAAUUCCAGGAGUUGAGAGAGCGCGUUCUGCGUGGCAAAUACAGGAUUCCGUUCUACAUGUCCACCGACUGUGAGAACUUGCUGAAGAAAUUCCUCAUCCUCAACCCCUCCAAAAGAGGCAGCCUUGAGCAGCAGAUAAUGAGGGACCGAUGGAUGAAUGUGGGACACGAGGAGGAAGAACUCAAACCCUACAUCGAACCCCAACCAGAUUACAAGGACCCCAGGAGGACAGACAUUAUGCUGCAGAUGGGAUUCUCUCAGGACGAGAUCCAGGACUCACUGGUGAAUCAGAAGUACAACGACGUGAUGGCUACCUACCUGCUACUGGAUUAUAGGAACUCUGAGGUGCACACUA